AUGAAUAUAAAAGUUGAGAACCGACAUUUUAGUUUGAACGUCACGCAAGUUAAUUCAAGACGUGAUUCGCCAAACAUUCCCACGGUUGUCGUUGGAAAUGUGGAAUGUGGAUUGAUAAAAAAUCCACUGAGAAAGGAAAAUAUCAAAGCACGUAAUAAGGAAGAUCUCGCGCAGGAAGCUGCCCGUGUUCUUCAACAAGUAGACAGUGUUGACUGCUUUGCUCACAAUUACAAUCACAAAUAUAGCAGUUUACCUACUCGUAGGCGUAAGUCGAAGCAAAGUUUUGAUAUUAAUGCUAACUUAAGCGAUCGACCCAACGAAAAAGCCAGUGUUACAAUUGCUGACGAACUCGCUAGUACUCCAAAGGCUAAAAAGAAAGCCUUGGAGUGGAAUGCUAACGAUGCCGGUUCAUAUAAAAUUAAGCAGACAAUUUCCAAGCUCUUCUCGCCCAAGUUAGAGAGAAAGCAAAGGCCACUCACAUCUGCUAAGCUUCUCAGAAGGAGCUAUAGUGAUGUUGGUAGUCACAUACAUAAUACCAGCAAAUCGCAUCGUAAACGCAGUGGUAGUGACAGUGAGGGUUUACUUUUAAAUAUAGUACGAUCUAAGAAGCCACUUUCACCAAUCAUCGAAUCUUCGCCUCAAAUAUUUGAUCAAUCGUUUCACUUUGACAACAUUCAUGAAGCAAAAAAAUCAAAGCAAGAAGAGAAGAAAAUAGAUUCAGAAAGAAAAAUAGAAUGCACCGAUGAUAAUAGUGUUCCAAAUAGUGUUGUUUCGACCCGUAUAAAAAUUAUACCUAUUCAUAUUGAAAACGUAGGAACGCACGUUUCUAAACGUGGUUUAUCCUCGUUGAAUAAGAAAACUGUCGACAUUGACAAGGUCGAUCAUAUUAAUAAAAGUAUGUUACACAGUAGCAGAUAUGAUCAAAUUGGUAAAGAAUCAACAAUUCACAAGAUGAUAAAUCGAUUGUCCAAUGAUUGCUCACCGCCACCUCAAUUGACCAGAACUAUGAUAACACCUGGACCUGGAUUUGGUCAUAAUAAUAACAGACCCUUUUCUUAUACUCGACCAAAUGAAUCAAAUAUGCCAUCCCUACAAACUGAUGUUAUCUAUGCUCAAGUUCAACUGGAUAAAAAGAAAGCUCAGAGAAGCCAUUCUGACAGUGACGAGGGUCUGGGAUUAGACAGAAAGGAUUCAUCAAGAGAAAAUAGUCCAGCUGAAAAGGAAUAUCAUAGGACAGAUUUGUAUACAGAUGAAUUGCAGCAUAAUAACGAAUUUAACAGUUUUAAGUCGCUAUAUGAUGAUGAGAGAACCAAGACCAAACAAUUUGGAAAUUUUGGUAAUUCAACAAAUAACUUCAUAGCAAGAAAUGCAGAACGUAGAAGAUUUCAUAAUUUUGAUGAUAUGGAAAAAAAUUUAUUAAGUAAACCAGAAAAAUAUACUUCAAGUAUAUUUGUUGACACUUUAAAUUAUGCAAAAGCAAAUAGUUCUAAUUCGAGGCACAUAGAGAAUAAUGAAUUAAAGAGCAGAUUAACUAAAGAUCAAUCUAAAUGCAGUAAAGCAUCAGGUUUAAGUGCACGAAGAGAUCUUUUAGAAUCAAGGAUAAAGUCGCGUUUACUUGCAGAUGAAAUAUUUGCUGCAAAAAGUAAUCUCAAUUUACCUAAAACAAUUGAGCAUGAAAUUAUUGAUAAGCCGAUCGUGCCAUCACCUGUAAUUCCGAAUCGUGUAGAAUCACCAAAGCGUUGUAUAGAUACAUAUAUCAGUGAAACACGAACGAAUAGUAAUGGUGAAAAGUAUAUGUUUAAAAAAGAAAUUCAUGAGGAUAAUGGUAAAGUUUAUGGUUAUGAAAAAAAGAUUACCAAUAAAAUUCCUGUUGACAAAUAUCUAAAUCCUCAAUCGAAGGAUGGAUAUACAGUAGAAACACAUACAGACCAGUUUGGUGAUAAGUAUAUCAUAGAAAUGCGGACACAUAGUAAUUGUUCUGAAAAUUUCAGCCCUGUAUUUAACACUCAAGGUACAAAAAGCCCAGAAAUGCAAACAUUUCUAUCAACUAGGUUGCUAAAUGAAGCCGAUAAGACAUCUACUCAUACAAUAGAUGAACAAUUAAUAAGGGAGUCAAGAGAAAAUGAAAUAUUGUUACCAUCUAUUAUAACAAGAGACAGCGAUGAUUAUUCUUUUUCACAGAACGAGGACAAUUUUAUUGUUUACCGUCCAAAAAUAAAGAAAGAUGCCAAUCAAACUAAAAUAAAAAAAACUACAGAGAUCAUGAAGGGAAAAAGUAAAUCAACUCAAAGACUUGACGAACUCGAUAAUAUAACACCAAGAUUAUUAGAAAAAAAGCAUAUCACAAGAUCUUAUGAAAAUCUUACUUCUACAGAUUAUAUAAAUGCUUUAGAUAAUUCAACAUCGAGUGGUUACAAAGGAAGGUUAUCAUUUGUAAAAUGUCAUCCGGAUGAUCUUCAAGGUUUAAAUGAUGAGUAUGAUACUGAUAUUUCUCAAGUUACCAAUAACCAGUUAGAAUCAUCCAAAUAUUAUACAGAAAUAAGAACAACAAAUAAACACUUAUCCAAUAAACUUGACUUUCAAGAUGAUUAUGAUAGUUCACCAUCGUGUAUGCAUGUUGAUCGUAACAAUUACAGUUCUAGUCGUGCAGAUAUUACUGCAAGGGAUUCUAUUAUUUGUGAGACCUCAAUGUAUUCUAAUGAAUCGCAUAAUAUCAGAAAGGACAAUCAAAAAAUUAUAGAAGAAAACUCAAGGAAACCAAUAAGGGUAUCAGAAAAUAGAUUAGAUUAUCUUGAUAACAGUAAUGCAAGGGAGGGUUCUAGAAGUAAAUUAACUAAAGAAGGAUCGGAAAUAUUUAAUGAAAUACCACAGAGACCGCCAAGAGUAAAUCACGAAAAUAAAUUUAGACAUCCACAUCAUGAAAUGCGUGGCUACACAGAAAGACGUCAUCGAGAGACCAUGACAUGUGAUACCGAUCGCAAAGAUCGAUUAGCAGAUUCGGGAAUCGAGAAUGAUUAUAGACGAGAUUCGCAAGAAGCAGAUAGGCGCGAGCCUUUUGAAUCGGAGGAUGAAGGUUUUGUUACUAUGGAAUUUAUAAAGCAAGAACGUCGACAUACUGAUUGUAAUAUGAAUUUAAACGUAAUAGAUAAGGGUCGCUACGAUAAAUACGUUAUGUAUUACGAAAGUAAAAAUAUACAGCCAGUGACAUCAAAACCACCAUCUGGAGCUGAUGCAAAGAAGUAUGAAAAAAAAUCAAUUAAAAAAAGUGGAACAAUGAGUAAAGUGAAGGAAUUAUUUCGUAAAAAAGAAAAAAAAGCCAAUGAAGAAAAAAAUAAAAAGAAUGCAAUGACGAGUAAUAGUGGAACUUUGACAGAUGACGAAGUACUGAUGAGAUAUAAAGAAUAUCGUGGUGAUCAGCUAAGAAGUGCUAAAAGUACCAAGGACUUAAAAACCGACAUCAAUGAGGAUGAAUACAGGCAGCGUAGACGUUUAUCGACACCCAGCGGAAGUCCAAGUCCACCGCAACAUUCAAGAUUAUCACGAUCAACUGGAACACUUAUACAACCCAUUCAACAACUUCGCUAUCUUAAAAGUACCCCCAUGCAGGAUAAUCAAGUUCAAGAGGCUGAGAGAAAGGGAUGGUUUAAAUCUUUAUCCCGCAAAAAUAAAUCCAGUGCGAAACAUGUUGACAAGGAGCCACGAAUACCGGAAAGCGAGAUUUUAACAACUGCCACAGAAAAUGAGGAAGCUUCUUCAGUACCCGAGCGAAUUUCAGUGCAAAAAAAUCUUCGAUUCUUCGGGGAUACCGAUCAAGAGUCAAUUUCAUCGAAUCGAAUCGAUAGAAACAAACAAGUAGAUGACCGUACCAAAACCAGUCGUGAAAUUACGAACACAAGCCGUCACCCUAUGGGAAUCAUAGUACCACAAAGGAAGCCCUCCAGAUUUACAGAAAGUGCAUUAUCCUCUGGUGAAAGUACAACAGGAGAUAGCAGUCAACAGAGUCAAAACUCACAAAGAUCUCAAAGAUCAGUUGUGUACUUACACGCUGCAACAGUUGGAGAGAUCCCGGGUCCAAAUGAGAGACGGCGUGCAGCAAGUCGUGAGGAAUUGAAUCGUCCGCUUACAGCUCAUACACGCACCGUAUCUAGGAGCGUAAGUGUAUUAGCGCCAUGGCGACCGAAGAACUAUCGCGAGCCUUAUGAAAUUAACUACGACCAACAACAGCUUGCGAAGCCUGUGACAACAAUAAGACGCAGACAUCGCAGCCGCGAAACACUUAGUCGCCGUGGUAAAGAACCUAGACGAAGCAAAGACUCUAAGACAGGUACAACCAAUCGCAGCACACUAAAGUCAAAAGAUAAACAAAAAGUGGAUAGAACUGUUUCUACAGAAUCAUUAGCUAGCAAGUCGCGGAAUGUAAAUUCUCGACAAGAACUACACCGAUCCACAUCCGUCCCACGAGAUCCCAAUAAGAGCGCAGGAUGGUUUAAAAUGAAGAACAAAAAAUCCCAGGCCUAAGCAAUAGGCCAUUAUUCAAUACUAGUCUUCGAGUUUUCAUAAUUAAUAAUCUUUUAAUUUUAAGAAAUUAAGUAAUUAUUAAAAUAUGUGGAUGCACCGUCAUAUGUUUUUAUGUAAUUGCGAAGUAACUUCUUUAUGUUCCGCCAAUUUUAUUUUUCAUCUCCACAUUGUUUUUUUUUCAUCGU